ACUGUCGCCCGGUAUCUGGGCUCCUCCAGGGCUCCUCCAGGUGAACGCAGAGAUCACACCCAUCCAGCCGGUUUAAGGGGGGAUGACUGAAAGAAGUUGUGUGAUCCAGAAAACCCGGCGGUUCUGACGGCGCUGUUCCAAGAGGCGCAGCCCUCCAAAAAAAACAAAACCCAAUAUGAUGUCUGCCAUAGAGAGCGGUGCCCCCGUGUACCAACCUGCACAGCUGCUCAACUGGGUCUACAUGUCUUUGCAAGACACUCAGAGCAGCAACUUUGACGCGUUCAAAGCCGAGUUGGACGCUUCACCUCUGGACAUGAACAUCUCCAAGCGCAGCGCAGCUGAUCUGAGUGCCAACUAUCUCAACAACUUCUUCCAUCUGAGGAGUGAGGCCUUGAACAACAACUUCUACAAGAGCUCCUCGCCCUACGGGUCCCUCAACAAUAUCGUGGACGGCCUGAGCUCUCUGGCGGACCAUUUCUCAGACCUCUCCCUGUCCCCCGAGGCACGCAAACCCAGCAAAAGGCCGCCGCCCAACUACCUGUGCCACCUUUGCUUCAAUAAAGGCCACUACAUCAAAGAUUGCCCUCAGGCUCGACCCAAAGGUGAAGGCCUGACCCCGUACCAGGGAAAGAAGAGGUGUUUCGGUGAAUAUAAAUGCCCUAAAUGCAAGAGGAAGUGGAUGAGCGGGAACUCCUGGGCCAACAUGGGACAAGAAUGUAUCAAAUGCCACAUCAACGUUUACCCUCAUAAGCAGCGACCUCUGGAGAAACCGGACGGGUUAGAUGUGUCGGACCAGAGCAAGGAGCAUCCACAGCACCUGUGUGAAAAAUGCAAAGACCUCGGCUACUACUGCCGCCGCGUGCAAUAAAUACACUCUACUCGCCUUACGUACUCCUCCAAAGCUUUAUAAAAAAAAAAGGGAUAUAUAUUAUAUUUUAUUUACAUGAUAAUUUACUUUAUUGGACUUAAUCUAUCUAACGGUUUUAUUCUUAUGACUCUCUCUUUGACACUGUGACUCUCGUUAUAAGAAGCUCUUCUUUUUUUUUAAGGUAUAUCUCCAUGGAGUCGAGUACUUUAUAUUUGCUGGGUUCUUGUUCUUUACUCAGUUAUCAUUAUGUGAAUUUCAUUAUGUUCAUUCGAAGUCUUAACUAUGAAUCUUACCUAAACUGUGAAUAAAAAAAAAAGUUCUGUGUCUGUUUUCACUCAUGUCUAACAUGUUGGAACAUAAGUUUCCAGAUGAAGAAGAUUCUCUUUUACAUGUUUGUAUAUUCUAGAAAUAACUUAAAUGUAAUGAUGUUUCUGUAUAAAAUAUGCAACAAGUUUUUACUAAGUAGCAUAUGCAGUAUUAGUGUGUAUCUGCAUUAUUAUUAUCUGUAUUAUCAGUACUGGAGGGUACAUCAUUUUUGAAUAUAUUUUGAAGCCAUUACUGUUUUUUGGAUUAUUACCCUUUGUGAAGGAAUAUAUUAGCCAACUAACAUUUAUUCUUUAUAGGUAUGUGUCUAUAGGAAGUUUGUCAUUCCAACUAUUAAAACAAUGCAAUAUGGUAGAAAUGUUUAGUUUUCUGAAAAAUAGAAUAAAUUACAGCAGUUCUAUUUUAGCAACCAGUGCUUAGAAAGUCUCACCAAAGUGCUUUUUAUGGGUCAGAGGUCGUAAUGUCUCGUAUGUGAAAUGAUGAGAAAAGGAGUACACAUCUGAACGUAUCAAAGAUCAUGAAGGAAUAAGUGGAAGGUUGCAUGUGCAUGUUGAUUAAGAGGCUCUUUGUAUUUCAAUGAAAGUGUGAUGAUAAAUGAAAAUGGAACAGAAACUCUGACUUAUAACUGUUAAAGAUGUGUGAAACACCAUUUAUUGUGCCUUAAUUCGAAU